AUGUUCCGUCCCCCAGGACGAUGGUUUGCCUUACCUAUUGGUCGUUUGUUUGUUUUCCCUCCUUUGCAUUUUGUUUCAGCCUCUGGCUGCAAAAGCCUAGGAAAAGUGGCUUGGAGUCUGCAAGAGCUGGCUGCAGUUUUCUUUGCAAUGAUUGGUCAAAGAGUACAACAUCUUAGGACCGCCCUUUUUACCAGGGUCUAGUCUCCAUUUUAGAGUUUCAUUCUGGCUAUAGUCUUCCAACGUGCUGGAGCUGUGCAAGGCUAACUGGGACAAAUCAUCCUCAAAACCAGGCCAAUCUAAGCCUAUCCAAAUUAGAUAAGUAUUGAAUUAUACUGAUCUGGAAUAGGAAAUCUAGUUAGAGGAGCAGGGUUAUUCCAUCGCUUCUAGAACUAAUCUUUGCUGUAAAGAUAGGGAAGGAAAGAGUUUCUCCUUCUAAUAUAGACAGUGUGAUUAGGGUAUAGUGGUUUUAUAAUCACCUUUGCCUUCUGGAACCAGGGAUAAUUCUGCAACUAAAACCUAUGGAAAUUUGUUUCAUUUUCUGCAACUUUAAGAUCUGUGCCAGGUUUACAACCUUGUAUGAAUAAACAUCCCUUUUUGAAGUUCUCCAGACUCAGUCGUUCAAUAUUUUAGGACAGCUUAUAGGGAUUUGCAGUUCGCCCGGAUAAAGGACGGCACGUUUCAGCUUUAUAGUUUUUUUUUAUUGUCUGGCGGACGGCACAGUUUUGAGGAUGAUCAGCGGUUUUUCCGCUUGAGCUAGCUUGCACGGCUUAUAGUUUUUUAUAGUUUAGGAAGUUUAGUUUAGGCCGCGGCUUUUCCGCCUGAGCUCAGUCUGCAUACCUAAAGACUCUACCAGCGUCUGAGGCAGUGGAGCCCGCUCUCAGACCUGAAGGAGUCAAAUAGUGGGGCUCUAUUUCCUUGCUAUUUGGCUCGCGUGUGCGCACGUGGCCCAGUGGCUUUCUGGGUUUGCACAGGCUGUGCAGUUCCCAGCAACGUCCAGGGCUCCCUCGGCGGUAGACCUCGAGCCGCGGAGCACCAGCGACAGUUCUUUGGCUGGCUCUGAGGCGUGAAGCCCACCAGAACCAGGCUAGAACCUGGACAGGCCUGGCAACGCUGCUGCGAGUUCGGCCGGAGCACUCGGCCGGCUUCGACCUACCUCAUCGUCCUGCGGUGGUGACCUGCCUCAUCGUCCUGCGGUGGUGACCUGCCUCAUCGCCUGGCGGUGGUGACCUGCCUCAUCGUCCUGCGGUGGUGACCUGCCUCAUCGUCCUGCGGUGGUGACCUGCCUCAUCGUCCUGCGGUGGUGACCUGCUUCAUCGUCCUGCGGUGGUGACCUCCCUUCACAGCGGGGAGGAGGCGUCUUUUCUCUCCUCCUUUCCAAAGCCAGCCUCGGUGCUCCUUCGGCGGCAGGCCUCGAGCCGCAGAGCACGAGGUGCUUGAAAAUUUGGCGAAGUCGCCAUUUUGGCAGUUUACGUCACUCGGGCAAGGGAGGUAUCAAGUGGCAAGUUGCUGUCAGUUGGCAUUUUGCAGCUUGCCCACUAAAAUCUGGCGCCAAAGGUCACAAUCUUUGUAAAUUUACUUGCUGGUAUGUUGUAUUUGCUUUUGUUGUAAAUUUACUUGCUAUUAAGAAUACAUAAUGUCUAUGCAAUUUCAAGAUGAUACAGAUGGUAUACCUCCUUCUGAGGCUGAAAGUAGGAAUGAAAGGCCCCAAAGGAUAAAGCACCCUUCAGCCAAGAUGCUAGCCCAUCUAAUAGGUGAAAAGGAGCUCCUCCAUGUGAGGUUAGGUUCGGCAUGGGAGCGAAUUGUAACAUUGAUGGACAGAAUUGAGAGCUUGGGUAUUACAAGGGUGCCAUCCAUAUUACAGACCGACCUUGAAGAGACCUUCGGUCUCUGGAGGGGUUUGGUGUCUAAGAUAGUCCAGGUCCUCGAGCGCAUUAACGCCAAGGAUUCAGAGUUAGAAAUAGUGAGUGUCUUAGCUGACACUAAUGAGAAAGAAAAUAAGGUGAGGGCAAUUCUAGAUGCCUUGGAAUUUAGUUCUCCAUCUGUUAAUCUAAGGUCUGAGCCAAAAGGAAAUCAGUCUUCCUUAUGCAGCCAUGAGACCAAUCUUUUAAAAUCACCUGCUGUGGCACUUAGUCUUAAGUCCAACCGCUCUAGCCAGGUAUCUAAGCUAAGGGAGUGUGCAUCAUCUAAACAUAGCCACUCUAGCAAGUCUUCUGCUGCUGGGAGUGCCAUCUCUUCCCUAGCUGCCUUGCACAUUAAGGAGACUGCACGUCUAGAGCUAAAGAGCAAGGUAGCGGGGGCGGAGGCUGAUGCUAAGGCAGCUGAUCUCACCCUUCCCUUUAAAGAAGAAGAGCAACGACUGCAAAUAGAACAGGCCCGUAGACAAAGCGAAAUGCAAAUAGAACAGGCCCGUAGACAAAGCGAAAUGCAAAUGGAACAGGCCCAAAGGCAAGGUGAAAUAGAAAUGCUUAGAAUAAGGAUGGAUGCUACUGCCAAAAAGGUAAGGGCUGAGACUUUGGCCAAGGCCCUAAUUGAGCCACUCACAGAAGAAAAUGUAAGUCAGUUGCCGAAGCAGGACCCUUCUUCCAAGGUGCUUGUGCAUCUUAAUAGCUUAAACAGCCAGUUUUCGGAUGAGGAACAGGAAGACUUCUCUCCUUACCCAGAGCAGGGCCCCAAAGUCACUUUUGAGUUUCCUGCAGAGCAGAGCGUCAUAGCGGGGAGCUCACCCUUGCCCGAGCUACCUGUGCCUCCUGCUAAAUCCCUAGGUCAGUCAAUCAGGGCCUCAAGGCCAAGUGCUAGUUGGCCCUUACAGACAGCUGCACAGGGAGCCACCGAUUCGUCAGUGGUCGAUGUCAUCCCUCCAAGAGGCCAAAGGUUGACGCAAGGUGCACGGUGGGAGUCCACUCCACAACAGCAAACUCCUCAAUUGUUCCCUUCGACGCCAGAGUCCCAGCUUGUCUCCAUCAUCAGAAGCCCCAGAAGAGAUCUUAAGGACAAGGGUGUCGAAAAGUUUUCGGACAAGCCUGAGGAAUUUCUUCUCUGGAAGGCCACCUUCCAGAGAGCAAUCAGAGACUUAAAGUUAUUGCCUGAGGAAGAACUGACUCUUCUGGCUGCAUGGUUGGGCCCAGCCUCAUCCUCACAAGUUAAGAAGAUCUACGCAGCCCACGUAGCCGAUCCCGACAAAGCCCUGGAAAAGGCCUGGGCCAGGUUGCAGCAGAGGUAUGGGGCCAGCACAGAGAUUGAAGCAUCUCUUAUGGACAAGCUCCAAAGGUUCCCAGCUUUGAAACUCAAAGACUUCAAACUCUUGUGGGACCUCAGCGAUCUCCUUACGGAAUUAGAGUCGGCCAAGGAGAAUCCAGAACUGCCCGGUUUGAAGUGCCUCGAUCAGCACCUGUCCCAGAGGCAGAUCUUGACCAAGCUGCCCUUCACUUUGCAAGAACGCUGGGGACAGGAGGUCUUCAACUACAAGGAGGCCCACUCCCAGGCAUACCCUCCAUUUUCUCAUUUGGUCCAGUUCAUCACCAGGGCGGCCAGAGAAAGGAAUGAUCCGCAGACGGGCCUCCCCACCUUAUACCAAGGGACCCAGCCAGAGAAGGCACCUAAAGUGGAGAAAAAACCAUCCAGAGAGGCCAAAAGACCGGUUAGUGUUAAGGCUGUUGAAACUCAGCACAGGGCCAACGAAUCCAAGUCAGAGGUGAAGGAGGUGCUCUGCCCCAUUCACCAAAAGCCUCACAGUUUGGCCAACUGCCGGGAAUUUGGCAAGAAGCCUUAUAAAGAAAGACAACAGAUUGUACAGAAGCUGGGCAUAUGUUUUAGGUGCUGUGGAGCAACUCCUCACUUUGCAUCCAACUGCAAAGAGGACAUCAAAUGCGCAAGGUGUAACAGCCUUAAGCAUUGCACCGCGAUGCACAACUCUGACGCUGCCUCCCGCGCCAAAGGGGACACGUCUUCCAAAGAAGGGUCAUCUACUGAAGCCACCAACAUGCAGACCGCGUCACGGAUGCAGGAGGAUGCUCCAUCGGUCGCCUGUACUGAACUAUGCUCUGACGUGCACCAGUUCAGAGUCUGCCAUCCCAUCUGCCUAGCAGAUGUAUAUCCAGCCAGAAGACCUUGGCUUAAAAAGAGACUUUACGUGGCUUUGGAUUCACAAAGCGACGCCUCCCUGGCGACUCCAGAGUUUUUCCAACUGUUUGACAUAAAAACCCAGACGGUCGACUACACCAUGUCCACCUGUGUAGGGAAGAAGAAGUUGCAGGGUCGCAUAGCAUCCGGCUUUGUUGUCUCCUCUUGUGACCAGAAGAGACUGUUCGAGUUACCAGACCUCAUUGAGUGUUCCUCUAUUCCCCGGAACAAAAGGCAGAUUGUCACCAGAGAAGUCGUGGAAGCCCAUCCUCACUUGCGAAAGCUGAAGAACGCCUUACCUGCUUUCCGUCCAGAUGUGGACAUUGCCCUUCUGCUUGGUGCGGACUGUCCAAACUUGUUCUAUGUGAACGACCAAGUUAAGGGACCUCCAGGGGCGCCCAUUGCUCAGCUGCUACCACUAGGCUGGACAGUUACAGGCCCAGUGUGCAUAAAUAGGAUGCACCCUCCAUCGUCGGUGGGCACUCGUCAAGCGCACGUGCUUCAAGGCAGUCGCCCCACACUAAUGCAUAGCUGUUUGAGUCAUAUCUCGGUCUAUUGUCAGGGGAUAACACCAGAGUAUUCUUCCAUCUUUGAAGUCUCCGAAAGGGAUGAAAUUACAGCGCUUUCCAAAGAUGAACAGAGGUUUUUAGAGAUCAUGAACUCUCAAGUUUCCCGGAGUCCCGAGGGAAAUUGGAUAGCCCCUCUGCCUUUUAAAGCAGAAAAACCCACUUUGCCAAACAACAGGCAUGUGGCAGAAAAUAGACUCUGGUCACUGAAGAAGAAGAUGCAGAAAGACCCCAAGGUGUAUGUGGCUAAUAGAAUCAACAACAUUCUAUCCAGUUCUACGCCUAGCCAGUGGCACCAUGUCGCCACCAGCGACAACCCAGCUGACAUCGCUUCCAGAGGAGCUUCAACUCAACGAGUGUUAAGUUCAAGUUGGCUGACAGGCCCCAGAUGCUUGACCAAAGUCAAUUUUCCAUCAGCCUUUUCUCCCACCGAUAAUACAGAAUUGCCCGAGUCCGUUCCAGAGGUGAAAGUUUGCAAGAUGACCACAGAAAUCAAGAUGGGCCAAAGAUCUUGCCUGGAACCACACCGUUUUGAAUGUUUUUCGGAGUGGCACAGUCUUCUUAGAGCAGUUGCUAGGCUUAUACAUCGUUUAGCUUGCAAAGAUAGUGAGCCUUUACAGGUCCAGGAUAUGAUAAAGGCUAAGAGCGUCAUAUUCAAGUCAGUACAGAGAUCUGCUUUCAAGCAGGAAAUAGCUAGGCUAGAGCAAGGGCUCAACAUCCCUAAUCAAAGUCUUCUAAAUGAGUUAAACCCAUUUCUAGACAAGGAGGGUAUUUUGAGAGUUGGAGGAAGGUUAGCCAAAGCUAAACUCAAGGCGUGCAUAAAAAACCCCAUCAUCAUACCCCCUAAUAGUCACACUGCAUUGCUGCUCGUUCGGCAUCACCAUGAAAGGAUCCAUCAUCAGGGUAGAACUCUAACUGAGGCAGCCCUUAGAAAUGAAGGUCUGUGGGUAGUUAAUGCCAAAAGGUUGGUCAACAGUUGUAUUUUCAAAUGUGUUAAAUGCAGGCGCCUUAGGCGAAACUGUCAAAGUCAGUUGAUGGCAGAACUACCUCAGGAUAGGACUUUGACAGACCCACCCUUUUCCCAUGUGGGAAUCGAUGUGUUUGGUCCUUGGGAGGUUGUCACUAGGAAAACCAGGGGUGGUGUUGUAAAUAACAAGAGGUGGGCAGUUUUGUUUACUUGUUUAGUAAUACGAGCUGUCCAUAUAGAAGUCAUAGAAGGGAUGGACACUUCAUCAUUUUUAAACGCAUUAAAAAGGUUCAUAGCCCUCAGAAGGCCAAUUAAGUCAAUUCGGUCGGACUGUGGCACCAAUUUUGUAGGUGCGACCAAAGAACUCAAUUGUGUGUCUAGGUUUGGGAGAGACCCAAAGGUUCAGAACUUUACGAAUACUGAACAAAUUAUGUGGACUUUCAAUGUUCCUCACGCCUCCCACAUGGAUGGUGUUUGGGAGAGGAUGAUUGGUAUUAGUCGCAAAAUCCUUAAUGCCAUGCUUUUGAGUCAUAGGUCAUUGACGCAUGAUGUUUUGGUGACACUUAUGGCGGAAGUUACCGCAAUUAUCAACAACCGGCCGCUGGUUCCCCUUACCAGUGACCCUGAGAACUUACAACCACUGACUCCUGCACUUAUUUUGACACAAAAGGUGCCAGGAUGGAAGGACAUCAUGUUGCCAGUUCCGGACGGAACUCACCGUGCCCUGUGGAAACAGGUGCAGUCCUUGGCCAACCACUUUUGGAAAAGGUGGAAAGCUGAGUACUUAAGCCAGCUUCAAGCUAGAAGAAUCUGGCAAAGCCCACAGGACAACAUUGAGGUUAACAACGUUGUGUUGUUAAAGGACAAAGACUUGCCCCGCCAUGCAUGGCCCAUGGGCAUUGUAUUAAAGACCUUUCCUUGCCCGGAUGGUAAGGUCAGGAAAGUUCAAUUAAAGACUUGCAACAGAGACAAAGUGUCCAUUUUGGACAGACCAAUUAGUGACCUCGUGUUGCUUAUUGGAGAUGUUUAAAGUUCUAGUGUUUGUAUUGUCAUAUGUGCAAAGGUGUUUGUAUGUUUUUGAGUGGUAAAUUCCCACAUCCUGGGAAUUUAAGCGGGGAGUGUUCCGUCCCCCAGGACGAUGGUUUGCCUUACCUAUUGGUCGUUUGUUUGUUUUCCCUCCUUUGCAUUUUGUUUCAGCCUCUGGCUGCAAAAGCCUAGGAAAAGUGGCUUGGAGUCUGCAAGAGCUGGCUGCAGUUUUCUUUGCAAUGAUUGGUCAAAGAGUACAACAUCUUAGGACCGCCCUUUUUACCAGGGUCUAGUCUCCAUUUUAGAGUUUCAUUCUGGCUAUAGUCUUCCAACGUGCUGGAGCUGUGCAAGGCUAACUGGGACAAAUCAUCCUCAAAACCAGGCCAAUCUAAGCCUAUCCAAAUUAGAUAAGUAUUGAAUUAUACUGAUCUGGAAUAGGAAAUCUAGUUAGAGGAGCAGGGUUAUUCCAUCGCUUCUAGAACUAAUCUUUGCUGUAAAGAUAGGGAAGGAAAGAGUUUCUCCUUCUAAUAUAGACAGCGUGAUUAGGGUAUAGUGGUUUUAUAAUCACCUUUGCCUUCUGGAACCAGGGAUAAUUCUGCAACUAAAACCUAUGGAAAUUUGUUUCAUUUUCUGCAACUUUAAGAUCUGUGCCAGGUUUACAACCUUGUAUGAAUAAACAUCCCUUUUUGAAGUUC